GCUCAUUAUCAAGGAAAGCAGAAAGAAAAUUAUAUUUUUAUUUUAUUCUGGUAUUUUCGAUUAAUAACUUUUCAGGUUCUUAGUAAUGGAACGCUUCAAGUAGCUCCAUGUGCAGCAAUUCGAACCCCAUUCAAUAUUUAUUUGUUUAAUUGUCCUGAAGGUUGUGCUAGAUUUAUCAGUCUUAUGAAUAUAAAAGGAAAUGCUGUCAAUGAUAUAUUUUGCACUCGAGCUGGUUGGAGUAACUUUAGUGGUGUAAAUUCUCUUAUUCUAUCGAAAGAUGGAGGUUCUGGGAUUGUAAGAAUUCACGGCGUGAAGCAUUUACGAUCUUUUUUGGAAGCUACUCGACCAUUUGCCGAUUCAGAUUUUGGUUUUACCUAUCCGGCUGAGAUGGAAGAAAUGCCGCUUUCAGCGGCGAAAUAUUCUGAUUCUGCAAUAAGUGUAUAUUAUUUGCCAGUUACAUCAACCAAAAAAGGGCUUAGGGAAAUUGGAGAUUAUUUACAAGAGAUUGAUGUUGCUUAUUUGGUGGAAUUUAAUCGUCCUUCACGUCGAGUUGAUGUACAAAAGGUUCUAGAUUUAGGCGUACCAUGUGGACCGCUCAUAGGACAACUCAAAGCUGGAAAAGACGUGGUUUUAGAAAAUGGAAAAAAGAUAACACCAGAAGAUGUACUUUUCCCUGAAGGAAAUUUAGAUACGCGUCCAGUUUUAUUUGUGGAAUGUUGUCAUCUCGACCGAUUACCCUCUUUGAUGAGUAACUCACUACUACAAUGCUUCAUGACUGAAAAUAGGACUAAACAACUGCAGUAUAUCAUACAUUUUACGAAAGAACCAGUAAUUCAAAGUGAAAAAUAUUCUGAGUGGAUGGAUAUGUUUGGAACGGAAUGUACCCAUAUUAUUCUCAAUGGGAGUGGUCCAUGUAUUCCAGUUGAUCAAAAAUGUUAUUUUUUGCAUAAUAUUUGGAAUUUCAUCGAUCCCAAAUUGUUCCCGAAAACUUUGUCAUCGGAUUUUGAUGGUCAAGUAAAUCAGGAAAACCAACAGCCAAAAUUAAGCAAUCGUCGCCUAUAUGCUCAUGCGUUCCAUGUCUUAGGCAUAGGCAGUGAUUCUAUGGCUAUUGAAUUCCCUCGGUUAUGUUUCUUGGGCACAUCAUCUGCCGUUCCUACCAGAUUUCGCAAUGUAUCAAGUUAUUUGUUGCAAUUAAAUCAUCAUUCUUAUGUAUUGAUCGAUUGCGGUGAAGGCACUUCUGGCCAGUUACAUGUUUUAUUUGGUGCUGAUCAUUGUGGAGAAAUUUUAACUAAGAUUAAAGCUAUUUUUAUUACUCACGCACAUCAUGAUCAUAUGAUGGGCAUAUUUGACUUGAUUUUAAUGUCAUGCGGUUACGUAUUUACCGAUUCAAACAAUCGAAAAAUUGUUUUUUCUGGUGAUACGAAACCUUGCGAUAACCUUGCUGAAUACGGAGAAAAUGCAGACUUACUGGUACAUGAAUAUUUCUUCUGUAGUUUGUUUAAAUCAUAUAAUAUACUAAAUUUUUUUGAAAAUCCUAUUUUGUAUCGUUUUUUCUCGUCAACUCUUAUUCAUGCUAAUUUCAAAAAACAUAGCACGAUGAAGCAAGCAAUUGAGAUUGGUCGUAAGAUGAAUGCUAAAUACAUCAUUUUAACGCAUUUCAGUGCUCGAUAUAAAGUACCUGCGUUGCCCGAUUAUCUUCAAAACGACAAUGUUGGCAUAGCGAUGGACUUCAUGUCGAUCUCAUUUAAUGAUCUACAUCGGUUGCCGAAGUUGAUUCCAGUUUUGCGAGUGCUUUUUCGGGAUGAAUUGUUUGAGUUGCAGUUGCUUAUAGAAAAGAAAACUUUUGGUCAAAAUGGAAAAAAAUGA